AUGGCCACUUCAGUGGUGACCGGCACCGCGACACCGACGGCACACAAGUCAACGGGUAGUGAAUCUAUCUUGGAUGGCUACGACCCAUCCACAUACAUGCCCAGUAAUCCGAUUAUGAUUUUCAUGAUCCAGGCCAUAAUAAUUCUCCUCGUCUGCCGUGCUAUGCAUUUUCCUUUAGGCUACCUCCGACAGCCUCGAGUCGUCGGCGAAGUCUUGGGCGGCAUCAUUCUGGGACCCUCGGUCAUCGGACGUAUACCAGGUUUCACUGACACCGUCUUUCCGAAAGAAUCGAUUCCGAAUUUGAGCAACGUCGCGAACCUGGGGCUUAUCUUGUUCCUGUUCAUUAUUGGUCUUGAGGUUGAUAUGAGGGUGUUCUUCAGCAACUGGAAGAUUGCUGUCAGUGUUGCAGCGGCAGGCAUGACAUUUCCCUUUGCUCUGGGCUGCGCCGUUGCUCAUGGGCUGUACAACCAGUUCUCGAGCGAGCCUGGAACGGUGCCUAUCGCGUAUGGAACCUUCCUUCUGUUCAUCGGUGUGGCUAUGUCUAUCACGGCUUUCCCAGUUCUUUGCCGUAUCUUGACCGAGCUCAAACUUCUCGGAACUCCCGUCGGAAUGAUCACUCUCGCAUCUGGUGUUGGUGACGACGUCGUUGGGUGGGUCCUUCUAGCACUCUGCGUGGCUCUGGUCAACGCUGCGAACGGCCUCACUGCUCUUUACAUCAUUCUCGUAACUGCGGGGUACACACUUUUCUUGUUCUUCGCCGUACGCCCAGGGUUUAUGUGGGUUCUUCGUCGCACGCACUCUCUCCAGGACGGUCCAACCCAAGGUGUUAUGGUAUUAACGAUGCUCAUGAUGCUCGGCAGCGCUUUCUUCACCGGUGCGAUCGGUGUCCACCCAAUAUUUGGGGCCUUCCUUGCAGGUCUCAUCUGCCCUCACGAGGGAGGCUUUGCCAUUAAAGUGACGGAGAAGAUUGAGGAUUUGAUGGGCGCACUUUUCUUGCCGCUGUACUUCACACUUUCGGGCCUUAACACCAACCUUGGACUACUCAACAACGGCAUCACGUGGGGAUACCUGAUCGCAGUGACCAUCAUUGCAUUCACUGCAAAGUUUGUCGGAUGUGCUUGCGCCGCACGGUUGAACGGGCUUGUUUGGCGAGAGAGCUUCUCAAUUGGAAGUCUGAUGGCUUGCAAGGGGCUUGUGGAGCUGAUCGUACUGAACAUUGGCCUCCAAGCGAAAAUUCUGAGUACCCGAGUCUUCACUGUGUUCGUCGUCAUGGCACUUAUCACAACCUUUGCCACUACACCACUCGCUUCGGCGCUAUAUCCGCCGGCGUACCAGAAGAAGAUCGAAGCAUGGAAGCGUGGAGAGAUCGAUUGGGAGACUGGAAAGCCUCUCAAAGAUGGAAAACCGGAUAUGGAUGACAACGUCGAGAUGAGACGCCAAAGGAGAGGACCUUCAGAGGUUCGAAGUCUCUUGGUAUACCUCCGGCUUGACAAUAUGCCCAACACUCUUGCUUUUGUAUCUCUCUUUGGCGGAAAGAUUGGAGACUCAAAGACUAAAAUUCACCCGCAUCACGAAGAUAAGGCAACCGUUCGCCAGUCGACGGAGGAAAUACGAUCCAUGGUGGCAAUUCACGGCGUCCGCAUAGCGCAACUCACUGCGCGGUUGGGCUCCGUCAUGACAUCGCACGAAGUCACCGAACUGUCCGCCUUCGAUCCCGUCCUCAAUGCAUUCCGCGUUCUCGGGCAGCUUUACAACCUCGCUGUCUCAGGAGAGGUUGCAGUGGUGCCAGAAGACUCGUACGCUGAGACCUUGGUCGGACGCGCUCAAGACGAACAGUCCGACCUCCUUCUCGUCCCCUGGACCGAAACAGGGAGCCUGAGUGAAGCACCUAUGGUCUCCAAGAACACCAUGGAGCACAAACUCCGUUCCGACGCAUACACAGCUUUCGUCGCGGAAACCCUAAACACAUCAAGUUGCACUACCGCUGUGUUCGUAAACCGCGCGUUCAGCGGAAGUCUCGAACAGAGCCCACUCGCCCUCACGCGCCGCAUGAUAGCUAAAGGUCAGCAGCGCAAGACCAAGCGUGAUCAAGUUGCAGUGAGCGAUAGAAGCCAUCAUCUCUUUGUACCAUUCUUCGGUGGCGCGGAUGGACAGGCGGCCGCAGGGUUGGCGUUGCAACUGGCGGAGAACCCCGACAUCACCAUCACCAUGGUGCAUUACCAGAUCAGGCACGAGGGUACGGCAAGCUCUGAUCAGAUCAUGCGAGAAGAAGGGUUAUACACACACGAGGGGAAGACGAGAGUUUCGACCUCUGCCCCUACCGAUGACGACUUUUUCAUCACCAUGCAACACGCGCUACCAACGACGCAGAGACAUCGAGUGACUUUCCGCACAGUCAUCUCGUAUGAUCCUGUGGAAGAUGCUGUGAAGGAUGCGCAACUAGAGGUCGGCCAGCAAGGGAACGGCGGCGAUCUGGUUCUGCUAGGGCGAAAUGCAGAAUUGAUCGAGUCGAACUCAGCGUGCUUGGGCUUGGUGGCCGAUGUUCUGCUUGAACACGAUGUCAAAGCUAGUAUUGUGGUUGUGCAGGCGAGGAAGGACUGA